GCGCGCACGCAGGCCUCGCCUCUCCCGGGCCUGCUCUCUCACGCCGGCCGCCGGGCGGGCGCGCACGCCGAGUGACGCUCGGAGGAGGAAGCGCAACCUCCUUCCCCUCCCUCGCUGCCCCUGGCCCAGCGGGAACCCCCCCAGUGCGCCUGUGCGGAGGCCUGCUUGAUUAUGUGUGCCCUCUCCGGGCUCCAGCGUUAGCGGCCGGGUGGAGGUGGGGAGGGAAGACAACGAGGAGGAGGAGGAGGAGGAGGAGGAGGCGGUGGAGGGGAGGUGGGGGGAGUCAGCAAGGACAUGGCUCCUGACUCCUGUGCGGAACAUGGUCUCUAGCGACCGGCCCGUGUCACUGGAGGACGAGGUCUCCCAUAGUAUGAAGGAGAUGAUUGGAGGCUGUUGCGUUUGCUCAGACGAGAGAGGCUGGGCCGAGAACCCGCUGGUUUAUUGCGACGGGCACGGCUGCAGCGUCGCGGUGCAUCAAGCUUGCUAUGGCAUUGUUCAAGUACCCACAGGACCAUGGUUUUGCAGGAAAUGUGAAUCUCAGGAGAGAGCGGCCAGAGUGAGAUGUGAACUGUGUCCUCAUAAGGAUGGAGCUCUAAAAAGAACAGAUAAUGGCGGUUGGGCUCAUGUGGUUUGUGCCCUGUAUAUUCCAGAGGUACAGUUUGCCAAUGUUUCUACAAUGGAACCAAUUGUUUUACAGUCUGUUCCACAUGAUCGUUAUAAUAAG